AUGAACAAUCAAACAGAUAAAAUAGUAAAUCUUUCACAUUUAAUAUUAAAUAAAAUAGUUAGUUAUUUAGAGUAUGAUAUUGAUAUCAUUUGUUUCAGUUUAGUUUGUAAGAGAUGGUACAACGAUAGAGAUAAAUAUUUAGUAUUCAACACUAAUAAUAUCAACCUAUUUACACUUAAUACCACUGAUAUUAAUCAAAAUCAUAAACAUUUCAACUUACCAUCAUAUAAUAAUAUCUUGUUGAAAUCGAUUCAAUCAAAGACUAAAUGUACACUCAUUAUUGGUAAAAUAAAAUAUUAUACAUUCGAUUAUCAUUAUGAUGAUGUUAGAAAUCUCAAGAGUAUUCCCAACAAUGUUUCAGUUAUCGAUAUUACAACUAACGAAUAUACUGAGGAUGAUAUGGAGUAUCUCUACAGAUUAAUUUCGGAAUCACAAUCAGUAACAAAGUUGAAAGGAUGCAACACAUUGAAAUAUGGAUUACCAAAGUCAAUCAAAUCUAUCAAAUUUAAAUACAAUUUCAAUGAACAACUUGUUAAAGGAUCACUUCCCAAUACAUUAGAGGUGUUAGAUUUUGAAGAUCCUCUCAAACAAGAGAUUCCACCAGGUGUACUUCCCGAUUCUUUGCGCAAACUUUCUCUAUACAACUAUCAAUAUGAAUUUCUACCGGGUGUACUUCCAAGUGGUCUAAGCAAAAUCGAUCUUAACAACUAUCAACAUACAAUUCUACCAGGUGUACUUCCAAGUGGUUUACGCUACCUAAAUCUACAUAACUAUGAAUUAGAAAUUCUACCGGGUGUACUUCCCGAUGUUUUACAGAAAUUUACUCUGGAUGGUUAUCGACAUGAAUUUCAACCAGGUGUACUUCCUUCUUCUCUCAAAAGUUUAUCUCUUACGAAUUACACCUCUCCACUCAAAGCUGAUUUACGAUAUUCUAUCGAUUCGACAUCAAGUGAAGAUUGUACGGAAACCGAAUCCUACUUACCAAUUUCAUGGUUACAAGCAAUAUCAUCACUUUCCAGUCUUCAAUCACUCUACAUUUUUCUCCUGAGCAGUCGACAGGAUACUACAAUAUCCAAUCUCAACUAUCUCCCACCAACUUUAGAAUCACUAGAUAUUAGACUACAAGGAAAAGAGAAUAUAUUGAAAGGAGCCAUGCCAACAUCAUUGAAAAGUAUCCAUACUGUAGGUUGUCGAUUCAAUAUCGAUGAAAUAUUCCCAGAAACGCUGCAAUAUCACUUGGAAAUAUUCUAUUAUAGAAAUGACAGUUUUCCUCCAAUUACAUCAAACAUUAAGAUCGAUAGUUUAUCAGUAUCUAGUGAUCCCAGACAAUCAAAAAUAAUUCUACCAACUGGUAUUAGAACAAUCAAUUUAUAUAUGAAAUCAUUGGGUUCAGAUGAGAACAAUAUAGAUUUUGGUUUUGAUGGUGUUGCCGAUCAAACAUGUUCAUUAAGAGAACUUCGUCUUCCAACAUUCGUAGAUGGACCUCCUAAAUUUAAACUACCAACCACCAUAGAACAUCUGGAUAUUGGUAACAAUGAUCUCAAUGAUAUAUUGCAUUUGAUACCAUCAACACUCAACACACUUGAAUUUGAAAAACUAUCUAAUAACAAUAUCAGCAUUCCAAACACUAUCAAAUUAAUCAACAAUAUCAUCUAUAGAUUUACGUCAUUUCAAAUACUAUCUAAUAACAAUAUCAGCAUUCCAAACACUAUCAAAUUAAUCACCAAUAUCAUCUAUAGAUUUAAGCCAUUUCAAAUACUAUCAAUUAGAAAGUUGGACGAUAAUUAUUAUUUAUUAUAUUCUGAAAAUCAAUGUUCGCCCAAAGGAAAAUUAAUAGCUCGAAUAUUUCAUCAAUCUAAACUUGAACAAAUCUUUAGUAAAGGAAUAGAAUAG